AUGGCUGACGGCACAUAUCAACUGAAGUCGCCCCGCUUCGACGUCGAUGAGGAGCCGGGCGACUCGCAUUCCUCCGGACAGCGAUGGGUCGGUGCCUUUGAACGAGUCCUUGGUGACCGCGAGAGUCUCGCCUCCGAACGAUCUUCUAGACCAUCGGCGAAGCAGGUGCCAUCCACCAAUCCUGUCAUCGGUGCACGCGACAAUCGAUCGCUGCCGAACCGUCUCUCUGCUCCCGAGGAUUCUGUCAGCGAACCAUCUCGUUCCACCGUUGCCUCUCGAGCCAAUAGCUCGCAUUCUAGCAGCCAGGGUUCUCCCUCCUUCCGAAGCACUGCGACGUCCGAAAUUCCGGCGAUCCAACAAGGAUCUGUCGUAAGCAAUAGCCCAAUUGACCAACCUCAGGCCUCGUCCAGCUCAGAGACUGGCUACAACGGCGGCGGCCUUACACGAUUCCGCACAAACUCGUCCAGCGGCAGCUUUUCCCUACCCCCUUCGUCUGUUACAUCCACCCAGAAUGCUUCCUCCAGCACCAGCUAUGGAGCUUCUCUGCAACCUCGCACCAAACAAGCUCCCACUUUCGCACACAUUGUUCCUCCGCAGCUACACGACACCGCAGAGCUCAGGGUGCACUCUCAGGGUCCAGCUAUCGUGUCGGUCAAUGUGCAAGACUGCCUUCGCUUCGAACGCAGCUACAUCAAUCACGCACCAUGCGUCCAUCACGUCAUGGUGACCAACCACAGUUCGGAUCGUAGCGCACUCGUCCGCCUCGAAUCGGAUCUGCGUCAAGGCCUCACCUUCAUGCGUCGCAAACGAUCGUCUCGAAACGAAUUCGAACCCAUCGCAUGGCCCUCGAACAGCUUUCAUUGGGCCAAGAACGGUGGUUUUAUAUCCGAGAACUUGAAGGGUUGGAGGCACGUCCUUGCGAAUCUCGAGAAUGCCGACUCGUUCAUUCUGGAUCCACAGCAGACUACCAAGGUCUACGUAGUCCUCCGACCCGCCGACUUCGUAGAUGAAGCCGAAGCAGAUCGUGCCAACAGUACCUGGCCGUACCCAUUGCCAACCUCGCCUCAGUCGCAAGCUGCAGCCAUCCAGUAUGGCGACUUGUUGGCCUCGCCCGCUCCUCCCUCGGGCCGCCUGGAUCACAGCACUUCGCCCGUGUCGACGCCUGCUGCCUUCGGCGACCAGCGGGACAGCUUCAGCGCCACAGCCUCGGAUCAGGACAGCGACGCAGCCGGCGCUGAAGAGCUCGGACUCACCUCGCCGCGUUCAGCGCCAGAAUUGCGGGGCUCACGCAUUCCCUCUCGCACGCACACAGCGCGUCCGUUCCAUUCUGCCUUUGGCCUUCGCGGUACGAUCACCGUCUCCAGCUGGACUCUAGCUGUCGCUGAGGGUGAAGGCGACAUUCAGCCGAGUACCCUGAUCCCGUCGUCCUCCUCGGCCUCGGCAUCGACUCCUUCGAAGCCGGCAAGUACCUACGACUCCCAGGCAGCAUCUACCUCGGCUGCCUCGUCGGCCAUUUCUGCGUCCAGGUCGCAGCCUGACGAUCGGGAAGUGCAAAAGAUCCGCAUUCCUGUCGCUGCGCAAUGUUGCAAGCCAUUGAUUGACGCUGCCAUCGCCACGCAAGCCCCGCUCGAUUUCCACGCCCCCACCCAGACGAGCCACGGCUCGGCCAUCUACCUCGACUUUGGCGACAUGAUCGUCGGCCAUUCGCAGUCGCAAACAUUGACGCUGCGCAACCUUUCCGAAAUCGAUUGCUUCUGUCAGGUCAAGCUCGAAGAGGCCGACAACAUGCUCCAGACGCCGCCCAUUAGCUUGACCGAAGCUGAGACCGACGAUGCGAUACCAUCCGUCUGGGCGGGAGAUCAAGAGUCACUAUCAUACGAUCCACUCGUUCUCGCCCGCCUCGAGUCCAAGCAGAUCAAGGUUUCGCUCAAGCCACAGGAGCCCUGUCGUGACUACGAGCAAAUCCUGACCGUCACUUCGUUGCACAAUUCGGCCAACAGCAUCCGCGUCGUCAUUCGAGCAAACAUGCUAGGCACCGCAAAGGACGACGCGCUGUCCGUGCUUUCUGGCGACUAUCUCGACUUUGGCGAUUGCUAUGGCGGUCACUGGACGAAACAGCUGCUGGUGCUCAAGAACAAUGCCGAUGUGCUGCUCGACGUAUCCUUCGGAGUGCAGAAGGGCUUCCAGGUCAUGUUCCAGUUGGCAGAGUUGGCACCGCAAGCCGAGGAAGACUCGCUGGAACAGGAGGAGCUUCCGCCUAGCGCUCACGUCAGCGAACUUUCGCUGUCAUCGGCAAGUACCGACGACCGAAGUUUGAUGUCGUCCGUGGGCGACAGCGGCAGCGGAGGUUUCGGAGCGGAUGGCGCAUCCAGUGGCUAUGAGUACUGUCGACAAUCAGACGCGGGAGGCGAGCACGGUGCCACCAAUUCCGAGCUUGCCAAGACGCCGACGCACCACGCUCACGUUCCGAAGGGAACAGCAGCACUGGAGCCGCCCGCCUUGGAGCUACCAGCCGCAGACGGCAGCGAUGCUUGCGAUUUGCUCCGAGGUCGUAGGGGGAGCGCUCAGACAGACGAAGACGGUGUCGAUGCUUCUUCGGUGGCAUCGCAAGCGGGGUCGCGAUCCAAUUCGCCGGUCCGUCCAGCUGCCAGCAUCCCGUCGCAGCUACCUGUGACUGCCCCGCUUGUGUCCUCGGCCGCGGAGUCUGCGCGUUCUGGUCAGGCGGAACAUCCCCACCUGAACCUGAUGGAUCGCGUCCACUCGGGUCGACCGCAAUCGCUCGCCUCAGCAACCAGCGACUACGAUCAGGCGAGCGUCUCGACCAACCCGCAAAGUCAGACUUCGUCCGGUUUCAGGUCUCGACCUGCUUCACGCGGACGCGCGACAGUCUCCGAACGCCACGAUGAUGCCGAUUCGGUGCGUUCAAUCCACACUGCACUAUCCCAAGAUAGCCGACCUGGACCGUACCCUGCUGGCUCGUCCCAUGCCGGUUCUUCCACGGCCUCUGGUCGGAAUCAGCACCGCAACACUGCUGGUGCAGCCCUCUCAGGAUUGCGCAAUGUCGAGCACGCGCAAACCAACCAGCUCGAAGAAUUGAUGCUACGUCCUGGUGGAGAAUACCGUGUCUUUGUGUCGUAUCGACCGGAGCGCGUCGCCUGGGACGCUGAAUUCAGAGGGGGCCGUCUCGUGGAAAAGACGUUCCGCAUCUCGCUCGACUAUUCGCGUGCCAAAUUGGCCAACAUGCGCAGCCGCGGCGGCCGCGAGAGGCGCACCAUAGUCUGUCACAGUCGCACUUGCACCUCUUUCAUCUCGAUCACGCCCAAGAUGAUUGAUCUAGGCGAGGUGCAGGUCGGCACACGCAAGUCGGCCAACAUCUCGGUCACCAACAGGUCCGAGCUGACGGCACGAGUGGAUCUGCGCUUUGUCUCCAAGGUGCUCAGCAUGUAUCGAGACGAGGUUGCCAUCCCGGCACUGCAGACGGUCGAGCUCAAAGUCGAAUCGUUCCCACGCAGGGUCAACGAGACCUAUCGGAAGCAGAUCACCGUCGCGAAUUUGCUCAACAGACAAGGCGAUCAAAUCUUCGAGGUUCGAUCUCGCAAUGUCGACAAGCAGCGCAUCAGCUUCCACUCGCUCUUCUACCGCAUCCUGACGCCCAGCGGUGCAAACUAUGUGGAUUUCGGUGACGUCGACAUCAACUCGACGCGCAUGCGCACCUUCACCAUCGAGAAUGUAUCGGACAAGAAGCUGUCGCUCGAGCUGAGCCCUGCUCAUCCCGAAGAUGUCACGCUCUACAUCAAAGCCCCGCACACCGACGCAGGUCUCGAGAGGAGCCCGAAAGUAGAGGCGAAAGCGGCAGUUUCCAAAUACAGCGAGACGCAGCUCAACGAUUCCCAGAAAUCGAGCGCGGAAGCAGCCGACGGUGCCAGUGUCAGUCGCGCCAACGGCAGCUCGUCAAAGUUGAAGUCGAGCAAACCUUCGAUGAAAGGCGCCGACCUGAAGGAGCGUUUCCUCGAAACUAUCUCGGUCGACUCGCCAACCACGGUGCGAACGGAGAAUGCGUCUUGGAGGCUAGCGCAGAAACACAGCCACUAUCGAAAGAAGGAGGACGGCAGCAUCGUCUCGACGCAACGCAAGGCAAACGCCUCGGGUAAGACCAAGCCUACCAUCAAUCUGGUCUCGGCGCUCAAGAAGGGUGGCAAGGGAAGGAUCACGGUGGGCUACGGCAAAGCGAUCACUUUCAAAGAUCGGACGCUGAUCAGCGAAUUCGAAUAUCUCGAUCUUGCCACUGGUCCGCCUGUCGAUGCCAAGCGGAUUCCCGCCAAGAGCAAGAAGUACGCGCUGCUUGAGAACAUCACCACCGGCGGCAAGCCGAAGUCUCUUGGUCAGACCACUGGCGCAAAGUAUGCUGCCGACGACGACACGGGCAAUGGUGGUGGUAGCAAGCCGAAGUCGGGCUCAAAGUCGAAGUCGACCCAGGCUGUCAAGGACAAAGGUGCAGAGUCACGAUCCGAGGCCGGAUCCCUAUCGCCCAAGGCUUCAGCUGCCAAAGCCGCCAUGACAUUGCGCCGUCUGCCGUCACCUCUGGCCAACGACAUUCUUGCACGCGAUGCAUCGCAACGCACCGCGGCCCCGAAAGAUGCGAACAGCACCAGCUCUGGAUUGGGCAGCAAGUCGCAACCUGCUUCAGCCAUCCGGCAGCAUGGCAAGAGUUCGAAAGAAGGCAAGACAGGCGAUGCAUCGGCUCGCGUUCACUUCUCGCCCGCACUGACUGGAAAGCGCAAAGCACCACCGGUAUUGUCGAAUCCCGUCGACGUGUCGCGGCUGCCGAUCGAAGACCUGCUUGCCGCCGUCGAAGCUCAGGCGAGCAUGCUCAGCACGUUUUUCCUCGGCAGCCUCGAGGCAGAAGAGCAGUUUGUGAGAGCAGAGAUCAACCUACGACGCGAGCUGCAGAGCUCCAUCGAUGCCGGCAAGCUGAUCCCGCUCGAGGUGCUCGAGGUGGCGCCGCGCUCGGAAGGGCAGGUGAUUGCGGUGUACCAUCCAAGCGGUAGCACACGGCCCCACAUCCAAGGCACCGCGCGAAAGCAAGACUCCCGCAUCUUUAUGCGACUGAUUGACUUUGACAUGGGCGUCGUCCGACAGUCCGAAGAGUUCUCCGGCAUGGCCGAGCUCGAGGCUGACGAGUUGCCGGUACGCGAUCUGAUGCUGCGUAGCAACACAUGCCGCAGCUUGCUCGAGCUCGGUCAGCCCCACAUCAACUUCGGUUACAUGGAGAAGGGCGAUGCCAAGACGCGCAAGAUUCUGAUCCAGAACCGCAGCGAGUGGGCGUUGCGCUACUGCAUCCGCAAAAGCGGCAGCAUCGCCAGUGGCGACAUCAAGCUUAGCAGCGGGCGGUACGGCGUGGUUCCUGGCUAUGGCAAGCGCGAAGUCGAGUUUGUCUUUUCGCCGUCCAUGUCGGGGCCCUUCCAAGAGAAGCUGGUAGUGGAGAACGUGGCGGAUCGCGACAACGACCAGACGGUGGUGCUGAAAGCCAAUGUGCGCAAGACGCCCAAUUUUGCGGUCGAUCCAGGUGCGAUCAACUUUGGCGCGUGCGCUCCGGGCAAGCUGUCGACCCCGGAGAGCUUUGUGUUGACCAACACGACGUCGAAGUCGCGCUCCUUUGUGAUUGCUAUCGACUCUCACGAUUUGCUGCGUCAACGCUGUCUGAUCGACGUUGGAUUGAGCACGGCGAGCGAUGACGAGGUGAGGGGUACGCUGUCGAAGGAGGAAGAGGAGGAGAUCGAGAAUCUCUCUCAGAAGCUCAAGAUCGCCAGCAGGAAGGGGAAUGCGGAUAAGGUGAAAAAGUACGAGGAACGCCUGACGGCUUUGGGAGUCAAGGUGCCUAGCCUUUCGUCUGAGAAUGCCGCCUCGGCAGAUGCAGGUGCGCCAGCGGAGGCGUUGGGUGAGAAUGCACCUGCGGACGGUACGCCAGGCGGUGGCGAGACGAGCAAGCAAGAUGGCGCGCCAACGGCAGCGGACGGUGUCGAGUCUGCAACAACAGGCGCACCUUCAGGCCGCGCCGGUACGAUCGGACUCGAGAAGCCCAAAGAACUCAAACGCAUCUCUUCGACCGUCACGUGCUCGCUCGGUCCUAACCAGAGCAAACGGCUCAUCCUCCGCGUCCGCCCUAGCGCCGUCCAGUCGGCCAUCCCCUCGAACACGUCCGAUCCAGCAGACCGUCGUACGCAGGACAAGUCUGGGAUGGAGGAGGUCUCUGUGCCCGUCAAAGUGCACGAGGUCAAGAACCAGGACGAGACCAAGACAAUGAUCCUCAUGGCUACGGUGGAAUUCGAUCUGCCCAAGUGUGGAGUAGUAGGAGGUAGUGGGUCGGGUGGAGCAACAGCGGGUUUGGGGAAGGAGCCGGAGCAGUUUCCGAGCGAUGCGGUGAUCUUCAGUUCGUCAGAGUGA